AUGGAUGAUAAAUACACAUCAGCUCGAUUCAAUGAUGUUCAAGGUUUGCAGCAGGGUUCUGAACUACCAUACGAUUAUAAUAAUGAAGAAUAUGAUGAUUUGAUAAAUGGAAAGCAUACUUCUACUCGUAUCCCUCUCAUUGUUGGUCAUGAACAUCAAGAAGAUGAAAAUCAUGAACCAAAUUUUCAUAGUGAUCAAAGUUCAUAA